AACAGUUGAGACCCGAAGGCAGCGGUCGGAGUAGACGCAACAAUUUUCUCAGCACCUUUCUCCUCCCAUGAUUUCUUCUUCUUCUCAAUUUCAAAUAAGAAUUGAAAACACCCAUCUCUAGCAAUAUUCCCAAGAAAAAAAAAAACUGUGUAUAUACUUUCCUUAUUCUUUUGUAUAAAUUAAAAGAAAAAAAGGAAAAAAAAUGGUAGCUUUGCUGUUCCGCCGGAGACUAUCACUGGUGAGCAUUCCGCGUAAGAGUCUUAUAUCACAUGGUGGCUGGGAGUUGUAUUGGCUCCCAUGGAAUAUGGAAACAGAAGCUUCUUUUGCUAUUUGUAAUCGCUUAAGGCAAUUCAGCAGUUCCACUGCUGCUAGAAAAGUCGAUUUUACAGACCUUACCCAUCCGCAUACAUGGUACCCACAUGCUCGAAAGAAAAGCAGGAAUGUCUUUUUACAUGUGGGCCCAACAAAUAGCGGCAAAACAUAUUAUGCCCUAAAACAGCUCGAGUCGAGUUCUUCUGGUGUUUACUGUGGGCCUUUGAGGUUAUUAGCAUGGGAGGUUGCUAAAAGGUUGAACAAGUCAAAAGUUCCUUGUGACCUUAUUACUGGACAAGAGAGGGAGGAAGUUGAUGGUGCAAGACAUAAGGCUGUUACAGUAGAGAUGGCUGAUGUUGCAUCUGACUACGACUGUGCGAUUAUUGAUGAAAUUCAGAUGAUAGGGUGUAGGUCAAGGGGCUUUUCGUUUACACGUGCAUUAUUGGGAUUAGCUGCUAAUGAGUUGCAUCUGUGUGGAGAUGCAGCAGCUGUUCCUCUUGUUCAGGAAAUCCUCAAAGUGACUGGAGACACCAUCAAGGUUCAAUACUAUGAGAGGCUCUCACCUCUUGUCCCAUUAAAGGUUCCUUUAGGAUCUUUCUCCAAUAUAAGGACUGGUGACUGCGUAGUCACCUUCUCGCGUACGGAGAUAUACAGGAUGAAGAAACUAAUUGAAACGGGGGGAAAGCAUCUUUGCUCUGUUGUUUAUGGUUCAUUGCCGCCAGAGACUCGAACUAGACAGGCAACAUUGUUCAAUGAUGCAAGCAGUGACUCUGAUGUUCUUGUAGCGAGUGAUGCUAUUGGGAUGGGUCUCAACCUUAACAUUUCUAGAAUUAUAUUUUCAACAUUAAAGAAAUUUGAUGGUGUUGAAAUGCGGGAUCUAACUGUGCCAGAGAUAAAGCAGAUAGCAGGGAGAGCAGGCAGGUACAAAUCCAAGUUUUCUGUUGGUGAAGUAACUUGCUUGGACGCAGAUGAUCUGCCACUACUUCAUUCUUCGCUGGAUUCUCCAUCUCCUGUACUUGAGCGAGCUGGCCUCUUUCCAAACUUCGACCUUUUAUACAUGUAUUCUCGUCUACAUCCAAAGCAUGGCCUACAUGAGAUACUGGAGCAUUUUCUGGACAAUGCCAAGUUAUCGGAGCACUAUUUCAUUGCUAAUUGUGAAGAAAUGUUGAAAGUUGCUGCUCUUAUUGAUACACUACCCCUCAGUUUGCACGAUAAAUAUCUCUUCUGUAUAAGUCCAGUUGACAUGGAUGAUGACAUUUCAUCUCAAGGCCUCACUCAAUUUGCAACAAAUUAUUCUAAAAAUGGCCUGGUACGGCUGCGCGAAAUAUUUACUCCUGGGACGCUUAAGGUGCCAAAAUCUCAUACUGCACUUAAGGAGCUUGAAUCAAUUCACAAGGUUUUGGAUCUGUAUGUUUGGUUGAGUUAUCGCUUGGAGGAGAGCUUUCCAGAUCGAGAGCUGGCUUCCUCACAGAAGGCUAUUUGCAGCAUGUUGAUAGAGGAGUUUUUGGAAAGACUAGGAUGGCAAAGGCCAAGGACAAAGAGAUUAACUCAACAUAGUAGAUUGAAUUCACUGUUCUCCAGGGAAGCGAGACAGCAUAUUAACUCUUAGUGUUACUUUCCAAGUAUGGAAGCUUCUGAAUCAAAAACACUUGUCCCAUGUUUAACAAUGAUUCUGGUCAAGAAGUUUGGCUGGUUUCCCGUGAAUGCAUUGGUAGUGAUUGUUGUACUUCUCCUUUUUAGGUCCAGCAAAUUGGAUGUGUUAACUGUACAUUAUGCUCAAAGAUAUGUUCCAACACAUACUCAACAGUACUCUCUAUUUCUUUUCAUUUGAAUACAAUAAGAUACGUCUUUCCAUUUUGUCCAA